AUGGUGAGAUUCAUUAAGAUCACCACAGAUUUGUAUGACCAGAUGAAACUUCUUUCGGAUCUUGAAUGUACUAGGAACCGCAUGGAUGGUCCAAUUUGGCUUGAGAUUCAGAACGAUGUAGAGCUGAAGCAGCUCGAGGUGGAGAAUUUAAAAAAGGGGUCUUUCUGGAACAUGACUUUUGAUUGCGUAGGUCUCUUUUUGGCAAGAUUUGUCUUCACAAUUUUCAGUGAUAUCAAGUCUGCUUAUGGAGUUCCUCAACUGAUGGCCAAAGAUACUGAUCACACUAGUACUCCUAGUCCAUCAAUUUUCAACAAGUACAAGCUCUUUGAUGCUCCACCUGACACACUCGGCGCUGCUGCCUUAGCUCUGAAAUAUGCAGACAUUGUCAUCCUAAUUGAACGUUUAGUACGUUCUCCUGUCUCCCUUUAUUCUAAACGGAGAGAUGAACUGUAUAGUGUGUUGCCUGCAAAUAUAAGAGAUGAGCUAAGGGACAGGCUGUCUCCAAUCCAGAGGUUGAGUUGUUCAUUAGUUAAAGAAAUUGCCGCACCGAUGAAGGUGACGACGGCUAAAACGUUAGAAUGGUUAGCACCACUUGUUCAUAAUACCAAGAAAUGGCACUCCAUGUGGAAGCGUCACCAGAAGGCCUAUGGCUGUAGCCAGGUGCGUCUGGUUGAAACUCUAUACUUUGCAGGACAAGAGGAGACAGAAGCAGAAAUUAUGCGACUCAUUGUUGGUUUGCAAUACAAAAAGCAAGCUGCGGAAAUGCGUGUUUCUUAUGGAUGCAAAGGCAAGGCAUCAGUCGUUCUGGAGGAAUCCAAAUCAGUAACUAUUUAA